GCAAGCCGACGACAGUGAGCCAGCCUCACUCACAGCUGCUGAAUGCAGCACCCUGCCAACACAAUCCUUCAUGGGUUUGCUUUGGCUGCUUUCAUUUCUACAUUCUUCUCUUUUUGGAGAUGAGGUGUUGGAAGAACUCAGGAUGUCAGGGUCAACGUCUUCUUACGACCAUCUCGUGAAGCAAGUCGAGGUACUUAGGAAAGAGAACUCUCACCUUCGGAGAGAGCUGGAGGACAACUCCAGCCAUCUGACUAAGCUGGAGACCGAGACGUCGGACAUGAAGGAGAUGCUGAAACAACUUCAGAACAAACUCGAGCAAGAGGCGGGCAACUUGGUUUCUACUGGGAGAAGCGACAUCCUGGACCAGCUGAAAGAGCUGAACACCGAUAUUGCCAGUCUGUGCGACAACAAGUGGCAAUCGAACAUGGUAUGCACGGGACCCGGCAGAUUUACACUGGACCAGACGUUUGAGAGAAAUCAGGUGCACCCUACAACUCUGCUGGCCCAAGACUACGUGCCUGGGACACACAGGCGAUUGGAGCACCUGGAGGAACUCAACGAAGAAAGGGCACUGCUUCUUUCCGAGAUUGAAAAGGAAGAGAAAGAGAAGGCAUUUUAUUGCGCGCAGAUCCAUAAUCUUGGCAAGCGAGCGGAUGAGAUGUUACAAAUCAGAAGCGUUUCGAAGCACAUGGACCUGAUUCGGCAACAGCUACAGUAUGAGGCUCAUCAGAUCAAAGCCAUUAUUGAGGAGAGAUACGGGACAGGUGACAACACAACUGAACGACUCCAGAUGCGAAUGAACCGGGUGCAAGAGAUUGAAAAGGAGAUUCUUCAGUCGCAACAGAGAGUGCGUGAGACCGAGACCGAGGGACGUGGUCAGUCUAAUGAUCAGGACGCAGAGGACAGAAUGAAUAAUUUACCUCAAGGACUAAACAACUUGGGCAGUAAGGUGGAGAUGGUGUUCUGGCUGCUGUCCAUGCUGGCCACCCGGGACAAGGAGGACAUGUCGCGGACCUUGCUGGCCAUGUCCAGCUCUCAGGACAGCUGCGUGGCCAUGCGCAAGUCGGGCUGCCUGCCGCUGCUCAUCCAGCUGCUGCACGACAGCGAGCGGGAGGCCGCAGGCUCCGCCGUCGACGGGGGCACCAAGGAGGCCCGUGCCCGGGCCAGCGCCGCCCUCCACAACAUCGUCUACUCGCAGCCCGACGAGGGCCAGGCCAAGCGGGAGAUGCGCGUCCUCCACGUACUGGAGCAAGUGCGGCUCUACUGUGACUCCUGCUGGGAGUGGCUGGACAACAGAGGGGAAAACGGCACCGAUACCAACAGCCUGCCGUUACCCAUUGAACCUCAGAUCUGCCAGGCGAUGUGUGCCAUAAUGAAGCUGUCCUUCGAUGAAGAGUACCGACGAGCUAUGAAUGAGCUAGGAGGUUUGCAGGCAGUGGCCGAACUGCUUCAGGUGGACUGCGACAUGUAUGGGGCCACCAGUGACCCUCUGAACUCGGCCCUCCGACGGUAUGCAGGGAUGGCCCUGACCAACCUCACCUUUGGAGACGUGGUCAACAAGGCUACGCUGUGCUCGAGAAAAGGCUGCAUGCAAAGUAUCGUGGCCCAGUUAGAGUCCAACAGUGAAGACAUACAUCAGGUUGUGGCGAGUAUUUUGAGGAACCUUUCAUGGCGGGCAGAUGUCAACAGUAAGAGGAUUCUGCGGGAAGUCGCGAGUGUCACUGCCCUGAUGCAGUGUGCUCUAAAAGCAAAAAAGGAAUCGACACUCAAGAGCCUGCUGAGUGCCCUUUGGAACCUGUCGGCUCACAGCACGGAGAACAAAGUAGCAAUCUGUUCCGUUGACGGCGCACUGAUAUUCCUCGUGGGUACUCUGACCUAUAAAUGUCAGAGCAAUUCCCUCGCCAUCAUCGAGAGCGGCGGGGGCAUCCUCCGCAACGUUUCCAGUCUCAUCGCAACGAACGAGGAGUACAGGCAAGUUCUUCGUGACUACAACUGCCUGCAGACCCUCUUGCAGCAUCUGAAGUCCCACAGUUUGACCAUUGUCAGCAAUGCUUGCGGGACCCUGUGGAACCUUUCAGCUCGGAAUGCGAAGGACCAGGAACUGCUCUGGGACAUGGGGGCAGUCAGCAUGCUGAGGAACCUGAUCCAUUCCAAACACAAGAUGAUCGCCAUGGGAAGUGCAGCUGCCCUGAGGAACCUGUUGACUAACCGGCCGGCAAAAUACAAGGAUACCGCCAUGAUAUCCCCGGGCUCUUGCAUGCCUUCUUUGUACAUGAGGAAGCAGAAGGCCCUCGAGGCCGAGCUGGAUGCAAAACAUUUAUCGGAGACCUUUGACAGUAUUGAGAAACUCAGUCCGAAGCAUUCCAACAUCAACAAGCCCCUUCGGCACAUUGAAAGUCUGGCCAAGGAUUAUGCUUCAGACUCUGGAUGCUUUGACGAUGAUGAGGGCCCCAAUAUUUCAACUGGAUUGGAAACCGGUGGGUUGUCUAUGCUGUCCAUGUAUCUGAACUCUUCCUUCCUUCAAGGGCAAGGUUUUUCACGGUGCCGUAGUGCUGGAAGAAGCUCGAAGUCAGAAAGAGAUCUUGACGGGAUGCAGGUGGAUCUCCAGAAGUUCAACCCCUCCACGGACAACGUGUCGAUCGCUGCGGAGAGGCUGGUGAACCAGAUCUCCACAACGGUGGCCAGGAUCGACAAAAUAGUGGAAGAUAUGUCGCACAUGCACACAUCCUCAGAGGACAGUUUUAGCCUCAGCUCUGAAGACCAGUGCAUCGACUGGCAGUCUGCGUUAGAUGAUCUGAAUGAACCCAGGACAAAGUCCUCAUCGCCCCGUCACCUUGCCGAUGCCGUCAGUUCAGGCAUACGCGUGAAGGCACAAGGCCUCUUGGGUGCAAGGACAGACGAUGCCAACUUAUCAAGUGACAGUCUGGAGUGUGGCAAUAGCACUGAACAGGACACUAAAAGCCAAAUGAGUUCAUCCAAGGAAUCCUCAAGUUCAGGACAAAAGGAAGAGCUUCCUCUGUAUCAGAAAAGACCAAAUAAUUUGGUCCUGAAGAACGGAGAAAACCAUCAGAUGGAUAGAAAAGAAUCUGAUGGACAACCAAGGUCCCGAGAACCCAGAACCUCAUGGAAUGAUGCCUGGGGGGUAAGAAAAGUUGACGAGAUAAGUAAGAGCCAAUUUUCACCCUUUUAUGAAAGGAGCCAAGUGGCUUCAAUCACUACCAGAAGUAGUCCUAGUCCAAGCCCAGGAAAUUCCUUGACUCCUCAGAGCUUGACAAGUAGAAAACAGGCGUGGGUCCAUUCUGGGCUUUCUCAGAGCAACAGAGAUUUGAGUCAAGGCCUCUCCAGCACAUCUGCUUGUACGCCAGGCUCCAACGGCCAGGAAACGUUGCAAACCUACUGCGUGGAAGACACCCCAAUUUGCUUUUCACGUUGCAGUUCAUUGUCGUCCCUCUCAUCUGCUGAGAAUGCCCUGGAUGUGCAAAUUGGGAGUGAAAAUGACGUUGACAGCGAUUCUUCGCUGGAGAUUAUUGGUGUCGAGAAAGAGUCCCCACUGACUGCUGAAAAGACUAUAAGCGAUGAGUCUCUUGGCUCGGAAGAAAUGCUGCUCAAAUCUAGCGACCAUUCAUUUAGCAGCACGUCACAGCCCAUUGAAAUACCUUGCCCGAAGCAAGAAAAGUUUUUGAUGAGGAAAAGGGCAGCUUCCAGAAACAUGGAUUCCAGCCCAUCGAGUCUGUCCGAUAAUUACUUGCAGGAAACGCCACUGGUCUUGAGCAGGUGCAGUUCAGUCAGCUCUCUCAGAAGCUUCGAAAGUCCUUCAAUAGUCAGUUCCAUUCAGAGUGACCCUUGCAGCGAGAUGGUGAGUGGUACCAUCAGCCCCAGUGAUCUACCGGACAGCCCUGGGCAAACCAUGCCUCCUAGCAGAAGUAAGACCCCAUUGCUGGACCAUCUGGACAAAGAUGCCAACCAAGCCAAUAACCAGUGGGACAGUGAGAUGAAGAAGCACAUGGACAUCAACGAGUUCAAGGAACGCUUCCAGCUUCCGGCAGACAUUGACACCAUGCUGUACUUCACUCUGGAGAAGCCAAACGAGAACUUCUCGUGUGCAUCAAGUCUGAGCGCCCUCACCCUUCACGAGCCGUACAUUCAGAAGGACAUUGAGCUGAAGUUGAUGCCUCUUCUGCAGGAGAAGAGCUGCUUCAACUGCCUGGCACAAGAGAAGAGGGAAGACAUGAGAGAGGAACGGACGGCGGACGGCAUGGAGAAGGCUGAUAAGUUGGAUUGCAUCCUGGAGAACUCUGACGACGACAUUGAAAUCUUGAAAGAAUGCAUUAAUUCCGCGAUGCCGACUAAAUUCAGGAAAGUCAUUUCUGGCUUGUCCGGUCAAGUGCUGCAGUCCAAGAAGUCUCUCCAGCUGCCCGUUUACAUGUUACUGCCAGCUCAUUCUCAGUUGGAGUCAGGCGGGCACACCGUCGCUAAAAACGACAACUUUAGAGAAGACUCCUCCUACUCGGACUCUGUUGAAGGGACUCCGGUCAACUUUUCCAGCUCAGCCUCCCUCAGUGAUGAGACCUUGGAGUAUCCGCAAAGGGAUUCACCCAGUGUGGCUAAAGUCAGGCCUGAGAUCACUGAGAGAAGGGAACUCAUUCCCGCAGAAGGACAAAACACUGACGACCUCGAGGUACCGAUAUCUAUCAGAAUGCACGAGAAAAGCCUCGAGCAUGGGAACAAGUACCAUUUUAAUAUAAACGAGGUGUGUCCCCACUCCAGCUCAAUCCCAAGAGGACAAUCGCACUUGCUUAUCAACGUCAACCAAAGGGAGGUUCAAAAACUAAAUCAGAACCCUCUACCUCCGCAGCAAUGUCAGAACCACAACGAUCCUGUGUUCCAGUCAGGACUGACGGCAAAUAUCUUGCGGAAGGAACAUGCGGCGCCAAGGCAGCUGGUGAAACCGGAUAAAAUGGGGUGCAAGCGGGCGGAGGAAGGAGAGCAGAGAAUGGAGGUUUCUGGUGGAGAAUACAUUCAUGGAAGCUAUGCCUUCCAGUCCAUGCGCCACACCACGCCCACUGAGGAAGCUGUUUACUGCUUUUAUGAAAAUGACACUUUAGACAGGCUGAGUGUCUCAAAAGACUCAGUCAAACAGAAAAACGGAGUUAAAAGCGACUAUGAGGAAAAUUUGGUCAUCACCCAACAUGGAGAAGCUAUGAAUGAACCAAACGAGAAUUAUAAGACCACCAUGAAGUUCAAAACGGCUAAAAUGGAACGGUCGCUGAUCACAGACGAGAGUCCGCUCUGCUCCCUCAGUUCCUCGCUAAGCUCUCUGAGUGACGUGGAGUUGGAAGAGUUUCAAACAAAGACACGGAAAGCAUUUGUAAAAUCUAGGAAAAAGUCUGCAAAUUCCAGCGCGGCUUCCAAAUCUUUCACCCAGGGGUACUCGUCCACGCCAACCACGAGAGACAGCUCGCCCAGCUCCCCGAGUUACGACUCGGAAGAUGAUCUCCUGCAGAAGUGCAUCAGCUCGGCAAUGCCAAAGAAAAGGAAGCAUUCUUCAAAGCAAAAGUCGGAGAAAUCGGCAAAGCAGAGUUGCCAGAACGGCAACUCGCAACCCCACGCCGGGGCGAACGUCAGUUGGGAUUUGCCGCAGAGGAACGACGGAAGCGGAGACGUUUGUAGCUCAUUGUCUGACCUGUCAUCUCCUGACGUGGAAAGCUUCGAGUGGAAAGCCAUUCAGGAAGGUGCCAAUUCCAUAGUCACCAGUUUGCACCAGGCAGCCGCCUGCCUUUCGAGGGAACCCUCUUCUGAAUCCGACUCUAUUUUGUCAUUUGUGUCGGGGUUGUCCGUCGGAUCGACACUCCACUUCACGAUCGAGCGCAAGGACAAGAAAAGGACUCAGAAAGAGCAACCCCGUGAUUUGGAGGCUGCCGAGCACGUUGCGAAGGAAGGCAAGAAACUGACUGAGCACAAGGCGACUGCGGGUAAACCUUCCAAUGCCAACAGAGGUUCGAACAUACCGAAGCAACCAUCCCGGGCCGUGAGUCUACCGGUGAUCUUCAGGGGAAGGACCGUCAUCUACAUGCCCGACAUGUGGAAGAAGCCCAACAACAAUGCCAACAACACUCCUUCCAAGAAAGCGAUACCCAAGAAUAAUGCUUCCAGCAAAAAUCUUAAUCAGACCUUUAGAUCUCGAAGCUUGCACAGACCUGGACAAAUGACGGAGAAAGUUGACACUUCUCUCCCAAAGAGAAGUAUGACUCCGCCUGCAAGAAUAACAAGAGGUCCAUCAAGGGGGUCAUCGAGGAAUUCAACACCAUCCAGACAGCCUCAGCGGAAUUUAACUUCAUCUACGCAGCCCAACAAACAAGUGACGCCACAUGUAACGAAGACCAUCGUCAGUAAAAUUGACCAGAAACAGAGAACUCAAGUCACUUCCUUGCCUUCCACUCCGAACAUCAGAUCGCCCGCGUCGGGUAAACUCACUCGUAAGUCACCGGUCCAAGUAUCAAACAGCCAAGCACCAGCGAAGCCGGAGACACCAGUAAAGAAGCUGUCCACUUUUCAGAAGAAGAAUACCACUGCAUCGAACAAGAGCCAAGGUUCGAAGAAGAUGAUGCCACCAAACAGGUUGGACCUGGUGAGAAUGUCGUCUGCAAAGUCAAGCGGCAGCGAGUCAGAUAAGUCCAACUUUGUGCGGCAGCUAACGUUCAUCAAGGAGUCCCAGGGCCUUCUGAAGAGGCAGAAGUCCGAAGCGUCUUCAUCGGAGUCGAUCUCGUCGCUCUCGCAGUCUGUAUCGCCGAGGAGAAGCAAGUCGGACUUUCAGGCUGCCCUCCUGCGCUCGUCGCAGUGCCCGGCGCUGAAGGUCGCCAGGCCAGCUCUCACCGUCAACGCGAGUCAGCGCAAGGCUGCCUGCAAGGAGACGGCGGUGCGGAACGAGAAGUGGUCGAGGAGGCCAAGUUCGGAGAGCCCCUCCAGGCUCCCCGUGAAGAACAGCGCCGCCUGGAAGCAGGAGCACUUCAAGCGCUAUUCCUCGUCCCCCCACAUCAACGUGCUGCAGAGGGCGGCGAGCCCGUCCUCCACCCGCUCCGCAUCCUCGGAGUCUAGCGACAAGACCAAGAGCGAGGAGGAGCUUCGGGGAACGGACAGACCCACCAGACGCAGUGAACAGCAGGUGAGAAAGAACCAGCCAAGUUUGAAGGGAACGUGGAGAAGAAUUAAAGACGAAGACAUUCCGUACUUCCUCAGCAACUCUCUCCCACCUUCAGCGAUGACGCUGGUCAAUAAACCGGAGUCCGCGCGGCCGCCCGGCAAAGCGGGAGUGGCGGUGGGAACCAAAACGAGCGAUGCCUUUGUGCAGACUGAAGACUUUCCCAUUACGAAAACUAAUUCCAGCACCUCACCCACGUUGGACCUAAUCCCACACCUUCAGCAAGCUCUUCACAGGAAUGUCAGGAGCAGGCCAUUCAUCGGGAAGAGCUUAGAGACUAUUUAUGGCAUCCAUUCAACUGAACAGGAGCCCGACGCAGUGUUACUUAUGAGGAGCAAUAUGGCCUCCUCGUCGGAGACCGAGAGCCACUCCAUUGCCCCAGCUCACAUGCACUUCAAUCCCAGUAGACACAGCUCUCCCAGCAGAGCUGCCAGAGUGACUCCUUUCAACUAUAUACCCAGCCCCAAGGCAAUAAGGUCAGACAAUGGAUCUUUCCAGCCAUCUCAGAUUCGGGCACCCAUUAUUAAUGAAAAAACAGUGGCUAAGGUGCAGAGCUGAAAGCCAGAUUGAACGCUGGCUUAAGUACUUGAUUACCCUGCAGUUUUCACUUCAAGUGAUAAAAGCCCAUGAAUGGUGCAUUCAUUCAUAAAUGCACACCAAGCACAGCUUUAAUUGAGGUACAAGUGCAUGCGUAAUAUACUUUAGUUCUACCAGGUUCCAUCUUAUUAAGGAACUAUCAGUCGACCACAAGGUGUAGCGUCUCCACCCUGUGACAUUAUCUGCGAUGUUAGUGCUCACACGUUAAUAUUAGUUGACUGCAAACAAAUGGUGAGACGCGGCAGCAAGGAAUUUAUUUACACCUGUGGACAUCAUGAAAAGCAAAGUUCCAAUGACAAGGUACCAUGCAAACCUUGAUCGAUAUCAGCGCAGGUUGGCCUCUGAAAAUAUUCGUUCAUGGAUAUUAAGCGGCUAUUACACUUGAUUAAUCGGAGCUGCUGAGUUCAUGAUUGAAUUCCUUCAGAAACAAUGAUAAUUAAAUUAUAUAUAUAAAUAUGUAAAGCUAAUCAUAUUUCUAAAUGUUGCAGACAUUUCAACUUGCAUUGACAAUAUUUGGAGGAACAAUGUAUCGAUCAUGAAUUUGUUUGUUAGUUAAGAUCAAAGUUAGUCCAUUUAAAAAAAAACCUCCAUAUUGCCAAAUACAUCUGUAUCAGGACUGUGGGUUAAAGACCUGGUGUUUCCAGCUUGACUGUUUAAAAGGAAGGAGGGGAAUGAGGAAUCAAUGGCACUUUGUUGAUCUCUGUGUCUCUUAUCACAAAGCAGUGCUAUUUGAUGGGCCAGUUUCCUAGAGAGACAAUUGUACUUUGAACACACUGUUCAUAAGUUCAUAAAUGAGCAGAAUUUGGCCAUCUGGCCCAAAAAGGUUUUUCCGCCAUCCAAUCAUGACUUAUUUAUCUUUCCUUCUCAACC